AUGGCCGACACCAAGGUCUACCGCGCCAGCACCACGGCGCCCGUCAACAUCGCCGUCGUCAAGUACUGGGGCAAGCGCGACGCCAGGCUCAACCUCCCCACCAACAGCUCCCUCUCCGUCACCCUCUCCCAGGCCGACCUGCGAACCCUCACGACCGCCUCCUGCUCCGCCUCCUACACCGACGGCGACUCCCUCAUCCUCAACGGUGAAUCCUCCGAUGUCUCGGGCGCCCGCACCCAGGCCUGCUUCCGCGAGCUGCGCGCCCGCCGCGCCGCCCUCGAGGCCCAGAACCCCUCCCUCCCCAAGCUCUCGACCUACCCCCUGAAGAUCGUCACCGAGAACAACUUCCCCACCGCCGCCGGCCUGGCCUCCUCCGCCGCCGGUUUCGCCGCCCUCGUCCGCGCCAUCGCCGACCUCUACGAGCUGCCCGACUCCCCCUCCGAGCUGUCCCUCGUCGCCCGCCAGGGCUCCGGCUCCGCCUGCCGCAGUCUGUUCGGCGGCUACGUCGCGUGGCGCAUGGGCGAGCAGGCCGACGGCUCCGACUCCAAGGCCGAUCUCGUCGCCGAGGCGUCCCACUGGCCCGAGAUGCGCGCGCUCAUCCUCGUCGUCAGCGCCGCCAAGAAGGGCGUCUCGUCCACCUCGGGCAUGCAGCAGACCGUCGCCACGUCGGGCCUGUUCAAGCAGCGCGUCGCCGAGGUCGUGCCCAAGCACAUGGCCGAGAUGGAGGACGCCAUCGCGCGCCGCGACUUUGCCCAGUUCGCUGAGGUCACCAUGAAGGACUCCAACUCGUUCCACUCCUCGUGCUCCGACACCUACCCGCCCAUCUUCUACAUGAACGACGUCUCCCGCGCGGCCAUCCGCGCCGUCGAGCAGAUCAACGCUGCUGCCGGAAAGACCGUCGCCGCGUACACCUUCGACGCUGGCCCGAACGCCGUCAUUUACUACCUCGAGGAGAACGCCGCCACCGUCGUCGGCGCGUUCACCCCCGUCUUGAGCGCCGUCACCGGCUGGAAGGACGGCGCCAGCAGCCUGCAGUCGCCCGUCACUCUGGAUGAGACCGUCGCUGGCAUCAUCAAGGGCGGCGUCAGCCGUGUCAUUCAGACCGGUGUUGGCGAGGGUCCUAUCAAGUCGGACAUUUACCUUGUCGGCGAGGAUGGCCAGCCCGCUAAGCGGUAG